AUGGCCGCCAUCUGGGGCAAUGGCGGGCAGGGAGGAGGCCAGUUCCCCCUCGAGCAAUGGUUCUAUGAGAUGCCGCCCGUGACUCGGUGGUGGACGGCAGCGACUGUGGCAACCUCGGUUCUUGUCCAUUGCGACAUACUCGCGCCAUUGCAACUGUUCUACAGUUUCCGUGCGGUGUACGUGAAAUCGCAGUACUGGCGCCUCGUUACAACGUUUCUCUACUUUGGUCCUCUAAACCUAGACCUUCUCUUCCACGUCUUCUUCCUUCAGCGGUACUCACGCCUCCUCGAGGAGUCAUCCGGUCGUUCCCCGGCCCAUUUCGCAUGGCUCCUCUUCUACGCCAUGGCCUCGCUCCUGCUCAUCUCCCCAUUCCUCUCACUCCCAUUCUUGGGUACCGCGCUGUCCUCGAGUCUGGUAUACAUCUGGAGUCGUCGCAACCCCGAAACCCGCCUCAGCUUCCUCGGUGUCCUGGUCUUUACAGCGCCCUAUCUCCCCUGGGUGCUGAUGGCUUUCAGUCUCGUUGUGCACGGGGUGAUUCCAAAAGAUGAGAUCUGCGGCGUUGUGGUGGGCCAUGUAUGGUAUUUCUUCAACGAUGUCUAUCCGUCUCUUCACGGGGGUCAUCGGCCGUUUGAUCCGCCGAGUUGGUGGGUGCGGUUGUUUGAUCCGCGGGCUAGGACUGAAGAGAAUCGGGAUGUGGAUGCGGAUGCGGAUGCGGAACCUGAGACGGAUCCUGCGAAUGUUAACCAGGAGUUUGCCGCUGCUGCUGCGCCGGAGGUACGAUGA